AUGACAAUCAAACAGAGGCAACAUAGUCAAAGCAUUUCAAAACAGAAGAAAGCUUUGGUUUUUUAUGAAAAGAAUGAAAUUUUGGGUGAAGCUGCAGAGGCAAAGUCACUUCAGAUGUCAGAUGUGCAGCAGAAUUUGUGGAAGACCCUGCGGAAUGCUGCUGCGCAUCAGCAGUAUGUAGAUAAGCAUAGCCAAUUAAUUGAACAAUCUAGACAGGGAAGAAAAAUGGAGGACAAAGGAACAUGCCUGAGUGAAGAUGGGCUAAUAGACAAGGAGCAACUGAAUGAGGAAAGUGCAGUUGAUCAUCUGUUGAUUCUCGCACAUUCUGCGGAACUAAUGCUGGAAUCUGAGGAAAGCUUCGAUCGAUUGCGAGCAAUUGAUCAAAGGCAUGAAGGGUUGCAUAUUAGUCCAAUGGCUCAACAUUCACUAGAAAAUCUCAGUGAUGCUACAGUAACUGAUCAGAAAUAUCUUGGGAAACAAAUUGACGUGAUGCCUGUAACAGAUCAUGUACAAAAUGAAGAGAAUGAAUUCCAAUGUGAAGGUAAAACUCUCCGUUUAAGUCAAAUUCGACGUCUAGCUCGAUCAAAAAGUAAUAUAUUCGCCCAGCGAAGUAUUGGGGAUUCUGCAACUGGGCAAUUGCAAGGAAGAACACGGCUGACUCAAAUUCGACAUCAAGCUCGGUCCAAAAUCCUUUCACAAGUACAAGAAGGGACAGAAAAAAAAUCAAGUGUGGAUCUACAGAAAAGAAUUGUCCGUUUGACCCAUAUGCGUCGCCUGGCUCGAUAUAAAGGCAAUUCAGUAGUUCAAGAAGAACUUCAGGACAGCAGGCAUGGGCAUUCAGAUUGUCAAACCUCUGAAGAUACUGUCCUAAGGGUCAGGACCAUUGCAGCUAUGUUUGGAAAAGAAGACAGCUUCCAAGUGGGUGAGUCUUUACUUUCUGGUCAUGAUGUGAUGGUCGUAUUUACUCUUCAGAGUUUCUGA